AUGCUCUGCGGCUGGACUGCCCCUGUGCUCCUGCUGAUGCUCCAGAGGGCCUGGGGCUGCUCAGACCUCGUCUGCUACACCGAUUACAUCCAGACGGUCACCUGCAUCCUGGAGACAUGGGCCCCGCACCCUGACAUGCUCACCCUCACCUGGCAAGACUCAUAUGGAGAACUGGAGGACGAGGUCACCUCCUGCAGCCUCCGCUGGUCCACCCACAACGCCACGCAUGCAGAGUACACGUGCCACAUGGAUGUGCUCCAAUUCAUGGCCGACGACGUUUUCAGUGUCAACAUGACAGACCAUUCAGGCAACCACUCCCAGGAGUGCGGCAGCUUUGUCCUGGCUAAAAGCAUCAAGCCAUCUCCCCCUUUCAACGUGACCGUGACCUGCUCUGGACAUUAUAACAUCUCCUGGAGCUCCAAUUACAAUUUCUACGCGUUGCAGGGCAAACUUCAGUAUGAGCUGCGGUACAGGAAGCUCGGAGACCCCUGGGCUCUGAGUCCAGAGAGAAAGCUGAUCUCUGUGGAUUCGAGAAGCGUCUCUCUCCUCCCCUUGGAGUUCCACAAAGGCUCAAGCUACGAGCUGCAGGUGCGGGCAGGGCCCCAGCCUGGCUCCUCCUUCCAGGGGACCUGGAGCGAGUGGAGUGACCCAGUCGUCUUUCACACCCAGCCAGAAGAGAUAAAGGGAGACUUGUACCCUCAACUGCUUCCCAUCCUGGUCCUCAUAUGCCCCAUCCUUGUCUUCUUAGGCCUGAAGACCCACCUGCUUUGGAGGCUAUGGAAAAAGGCGUGGGUGCAGGUGCCCAGCCCAGAGCCCUUCUUCCAGCCCCUGUACAUGGGCCACAGCGGAGACUUCAAGAAAUGGAAAUGGGUGGGCACCCCCUUCACUGCCUCCAGCCUGGAGCUGAGAUCCUGGAACCCAGGGGUGCCCUUGUCCCUGGAGAUGCACAGCCAGUGCCCACCGCAGACUGCAGCCAAGGGGCUGGUACCUAUAGAGCUGCCGGAGCCCCCAGACCUGGUGGAAGCUGACGGGGUGCUUGAGCAGGGCUCCUGGGGCCCAGCCCCCUCCACCGCCGGCAGCUUGGGCAGCUCAGCUCACAGCCAGGAGAGGGACCAGCCGUAUGGGCUGCUAUCCAUCAACACGGUGACUGUGGUGGAUGCAGAGGAGCUGUGCACCUGGCCUUGCACCUGCGGGGAUGACAGCUACCCAGCCCUGAACCUGGACACCGGCCUGGAGCCUGGCCCGGGCAUGGAGGACUCGCUCCUGGGCACGGGGGCCACGGUCUUAUCCUGUGGCUGCGUCUCAGCCAGUGGCCCUGCCAGGCCGGGGGGCCCCCUGGGCAGCCUCCUUGACAGGAUAAAGCUGCACCUCAAGGAUGAGGAGGGUUGGGCCCCCGGGCUGCCCUGGGAUGGCGGGUCACCCCGAGGGGUGUCGGACAGCGAGGUAGGUUCGCCCCCAGCUGGCCUGGACAUGGACACGUUUGACAGUGGCUUCGUGGACUCUGACUGUGGCGGCCCCGUGGAGCAUGACUUCAGUAGCGCCAGGGACGAAGGGCCCCCCAGGAGCUACCUCCACCAGUGGGUGGUCAUGGCCCCUCCAUCUGCAGGGCCUGGGCCCCAGGCCAGCUAG